AUGGGAAUGAGAUGGAACACAUUUGGAUUUUUGCUUAGAAUUUAUGUUUCCUUGAUUUCUGUGUGGGGAAUCCGAGAGUGUUGGUCGCUUAAUGAUGAAGGAUUGGCUUUGUUGGAGUUCCGGGCUAGAAUAACUUCUGAUCCUUAUGAUGCUUUGGCAAAUUGGAACCCAAAUGAUUGUGACCCCUGCAAGUGGUUGGGUGUUCAUUGUGUCGAUGGUAAAGUGCAAAUACUGGACCUAAGUGGCCUAUCUUUGGAAGGGACAUUGGCUCCUGAGCUUGGGAAGCUUAGUCACUUAAAAUCUCUUGUGUUAAGCAAAAAUAACUUUUCUGGUGCCAUUCCCAAAGAACUUGGAGAUCUAGCCAACCUGGAGUUAUUGGAUUUAAGGGAGAAUAACUUGUCAGGAAGCAUUCCAGCAGAAAUUGGCAGGUUGUUAUUACUAAAACACUUGUUGCUUUGUGACAAUAAAAUUGAAGGCGGUAAUUCUCAAGAUCAAGGAAAAUUCAGAUUUCCAUAUAAAUCGCUACUUGUUGACAAUUGUUCAUCAACUCUGACAACUUUAGUUGCUUGUAUCAAUAGAAAGUUUGGUCACUGUGUAUGGCAGAGCAACUUCAAGCAAUGGAACAACACAUCAACUUUAAUUAAAACAGCACUUAUGAAAUACCUCAAUGCCUUUGCGCUGCCACUGUUCAAUCUAGGAACUCAUGCUCCUCAUGAUCUUGAAGAGAAUUGCUGUGACCUUCUGCCUAGUUCUAAUGAGCCAGAAAUUGCUCAGAAUGCACCUAAUCUUGUCAAUUCUGCACGUCGUAAGCUACUUGAUCAGUCCAGUAACCUGGCAGCAGCACCUUACAGUGGACCUACUAUAGAGUUUAGUUCUGUUCCAACUACACUGAGUAGUGGAGCUUUCCCUGCCGUGCCAGAUGCCAAUAAGAAACAAAAUCAGUCACCUCCACCUCCACCUUCACCUUCCCAUGCUUCUGAUGGAAAUCAAGCGAGUCAACAACAUUCAGCUAAUAGUGAUUCUGGAAAGUUGUGGAGGUAUAUAAUUAUAAUUGCAGUUGUGACUGUGUUGGUCAUUGUUAUCAUAGUCCUACUUUGCAUUUGGCGAAAACGAGCAGCAAAAGUAAUAAGCCCCUGGAGGACAGGAAUAAGUGGACAGUUGCAGAAAGCAUUUAUAACAGGGGUCCCCAAGUUGAAUCGAUCAGAACUAGAGACUGCCUGUGAGGACUUCAGCAAUAUCAUUUCCAGUUAUGAACUGUGCACCUUAUACAAAGGAACACUGUCCAGUGGAGUGGAGAUUGCUGUUGUGUCCACUCUGGUUACUUCUUCCCAAGAUUGGUCAAAGAAAAUGGAGAUGAACUAUCGGAAAAAGAUUGAUACUUUGUCCCGCAUAAACCAUAAGAACUUUAUUAAUCUUAUUGGGUACUGUGAGGAAGAAGAGCCAUUCACAAGGAUGUUGGUGUUUGAGUAUGCUCCAAAUGGAAACCUAUUUGAGUAUCUUCAUGUUAAGGAAAUUGAACGUCUUGAUUGGAGUGAAAGGGUGAGGAUUAUCAUGGGCAUUGCUUAUUGUCUUCAGUACAUGCACCAUGAUCUGAAUACACCAGUAGCUCAUAGCAACUUUAGUUCAAGUAUGAUCUUUUUAACAGAUGAUUUUGCCGCUAAGAUUGCAGAGAUCACUUUUGGAAACGUAUCUCGAGCUAAGAAAACCGGAGGUGAUUCAAAGAAAUCUGAAUUGCCACCACAUGCUAAUCUUGAAACCAAUGUCUAUGACUUUGGAAUAUUGUUGCUUGAAAUCAUUUCUGGGAAAUUGCCUUACUCUGAAGAACAAGGCAACCUUGUGAACUGGGCUGCUGAUUACUUAAAUGACAAGAGAAAAAUCAGCUAUAUGAUAGAUCCCACCCUGCAGUCUUUCAAGGACAAUGAACUUGAUGUCAUCUGUGAGGUGAUACAAGAUUGUAUCCAACCUGAUCCAAGGUUAAGACCUACAAUGAGGGACAUAACUUCCAAAUUGAGGGAAGUGCUUGGUGUGUCACCUGAGCAAGCUGUCCCAAGACUUUCUCCACUCUGGUGGGCUGAACUAGAGAUCUUGUCAGUGGAGGCCACUUAAAGUUCUAUCUAACUCUCUUUUCUGUGUUUUAAAGCCAAAGUCUCUCUCUAACCUCUAUCAAGCUACCAGAGUGGAAGUUAUG